ACUAAACUGAUCGUGUCAGACUUUGUUUCAACUGUUCUGGUGACUGACGUUUAUUUCAGGUGCAGGCGAUCCCUCUGAAGACUAAUAAUGAGGCAGACUGAAAUUCAUCUGAUGGUCAUAUCAGGACUGUGUUUCCUGCCUGCCUGUUUCCCUCAUGACUACAUCCUCGUUCAGCAAGCGUUCACUUUCCCUGAAGCUCAGAGCUACUGCAGAGAUAAGUACACUGACCUGGCCGUGGUGCACAGUGAGCACGACUUUGAGAAGUUCACUGAGCUCGUCCAGCCGAGAAUGAGCGUCUGGAUCGGACUCCAACCCGACACUGAGGCGUGGCGCUGGUCUCUGGACGACCAGGAUCAUUACGGUGAAGGAGAGGCUGGUUUUAGGAGGUGGAGCAAUGGUGAACCCAAUGAAGCUUCCAUGUAUGAAGUCUGCGUGUUUAUGACGGAGUCUGGCACUUGGUUCGAUCAGCCGUGUUCUUUCCCAUACACCUUUGUCUGCUACAGCAAAACUGACUCCAGCUUCGUCUAUGUAAACGAGGAGAAGACAUGGGAUGAAGCUCAGAGCUUCUGCAGGAGCAAACACACUGACCUGGCCAGCGUGAGGAACCUGGCCGAGAACGAAGAGGUGAGGGGGCUGAGCGCCAAGUUCCCCCUCUGGAUCGGGCUCUACAGAGAGGCGUGGAAGUGGUCUGAUGGGAGAGUUGUCUCUUUCGACAACUGGGCUCCCAACUACCCCCGUGGGAGAGGCAAUCCCGUCUGCGUUGGUUCGGUUCAAGGACAGUGGGUCAAUUAUCAGUGCGAACAGAGGUGGUACUUCGUCUGUUACAAAGAUGUGAAACAGAAGAUGGUUGUGAAGCUUGGACUGCAGAGAUCGGACAGUUCUGUGGAUGAGGAGGAGCUUCAAAAGCAGAUGUUGGGAUGGUUCAAUGGACGAGUGAAGGAGUUGGGACUAGAGCAAGAAAUCAGUGUGUCAUGGAUGAAGCAGGCCGACGGAAAGAUCUUCCAUCAUUUCACUGAAGAGGAGGAAAACAGCCCGAGCUGUCCCAUGAAAUAAAAGCCUUCACUCAUUGGCUUUUGUUGCUGGUAGCUGCACUUUUUGGUUACAGACAGAAUCAGAAUCAGUCAAAAACAGGUUUAUUGCCAAGUUCCUAUACCAGGAAUUUGUUUUGGUGGAAGUGCAAACAUAGACAAAAGAAGGAACAGAUGUAAAUCGCAGCAACAGUAAAAAUAAAUAUGGCGGGGAUUUAAAGAAUCAACAUAAUUGACAAAAAUUACAAGAUUACAGAGGUCAAAGGUAUUUACAGUGAUGUUUAUGGGGCUGAUGAUUGUCCAUAGUGUGUAGUCGGA